AUGAACAAUGUGCUCAUUUUUACUGGCGUUGAACUCAAUUUCAAUCCGUCGUCGUUACCAAGUGGAUGGUCUCUGUGUUAUUCAGCAACAUAUGCAACAAUUAUGGGAGGAAGUUCCCUGCCAUCGAUUUUAUCAUCAUGCAAUCAAAACAAUUUGUUACUUGGAUGUCGACCGGUAGGUAGCGCGAGUCUGACUGUAGCAGCAAUGGGUAAUCGAAAUGAUGUGCUUUACGACUGCGGAUCCGCAAAUAAUUGUGUCCAUGUUGCGAACGGUGUAGGUUGGUAUUAUUCAGAUUCAUACUCAUGGGGUUUCGUAUCUGGUGGUGACACUGUAACACGAUCCAGCUGUGAUACUGCAUCAACAAACGCUAAUUAUCGGUUAUGUUGGCAUACUAAUAAUAAUGGUGGAUAUAGAUGUGGUUCAACAACAGACCUUAACAGCGAUACAUCUUGGGACAAGGUUAUUUAUCAAUCAAAUUGA